GGUGCAGAGAGCAGAACUGGUGCUGCAAACCAUGCUGCAGUCCAGGGCACUGGUGUUAGCUCUGAUUCUUCUCCUUGGCACCACUCUCCCAGAAGUGCACUCAAAGUCCCUCUUUGAGAAAGACCGUCGUGACUGGUUGGUCAUCCCUGAUGCAGUUGCAGCUUACAUCUAUGAAGCUGUGAACAAGGUGUCCCCUAAAGCUGCUCAGUUCUUGGUGGAUGUUGCCCAGACUCCAGCAGUUGUUACAACCAGGAACUUCCUCAUCAGAGAAACAACCAAACUCAGUAUACUGGCUGAACAGAUGAUGGAAAAAAUAAAGAACCUGUGGUACACAAAAGUCCUAGGCUACUAGCCAGAUGAACACAAGCCAGUGUUUACUGA